CCUGAACUAAACUCUUUCGAUUGCAUCACCCCAAACUGUCUCUUUCGCACGUUGAAAAUUUCCCGAAAAUCACAAGAAUAUUUAACAAUUCUUCGAUCCCUUUUGUUGAUGUCAAACUUCGGAUCGGCCCAAUGGAUUCCAGGCUCUCCCGAGCUCGCUAUAAAUUUGGUGAGAACGGUGGACGGGAGGGUCGCCGAGCAUGGACGAAGACCCCAAAGGCAAGGCUAAAGAGAGAAUGGGAGAGGAAGGAGCAGCAGGAGGGAGCGAGGUGAAGUACAGGGGAGUGAGGCGGAGGCCGUGGGGCAAGUACGCAGCGGAGAUCCGCGACUCCUCAAGGCAGGGGGCCCGCGUCUGGCUCGGAACCUUCAACACUGCCGAGGAGGCCGCGAGGGCGUACGACCGGGCCGCCUACGUGAUGAGGGGCCUCCGCGCCAUCCUCAAUUUCCCCGACGAGUAUCCCUCGGCCGUCGGCGGAGAUUCCUCUGCUGCGACAUCGCCGGCCAUGUCCUCGGGAUCGGAGGCACCGUCCAUGGCCCUCGACAGCGGCGGGGGGGAUAGGCCGGCGGAGCAGGGGAGGGAGGUAUUCGAGAUCGAGUGCCUAGGCGACGAGGUGUUGGAAGCUCUGCUCGAUAUCUCCGACAAAUCGAAAGGUAAGUGAACUCCGAGCAAGUUGUA